UCAAGGGGAGGAGGGAUCAAUCCCCGCCCCAUCAGCACACCCCAGUCCCGCAAACCCUCCCCUCCCUCCCCCACGCAGACAGAAGCUAGUCGCACGCGCGAGGGCGAUAGACAAGCGAGAGCGAAUCCAUCCAGACACAUGACUGAACCCCCGACCCUUCCACCCCUCCUUCUCCAACAGCGCAUGAGCCAUGUGGGCGAUGAACACGUUGGCAUCGUGUCCCCACACACCGUCACACGUCACCACCAGAGGGCAGAAGGUCACGCGGGAGUCGCAGACGGCCGAGCGGUAUUUCUUCUUCUUGGCGGUCUCGUGCUGCUUCAGGAUGGACUUGGUCGAUCGGUUCUUGGAAGCGUAAGACGUUGCGUCAGGAUCCGUAAUACAGAUGUCAAACGACGCAGCCGCCUGCCGCUCCCACACGCCCCGAGCGACGAUGUCCGCCCUGACCCCACCCUCCCCCUCCUCUCCCUCCUUCAACACCACCUCCCGACGCACACCAGCGUCCCCCCACGCCAUCCCAAUCAGCUCGGCAAAAGUGUCCCGCAGCUCGUCGUGGCGACGAAUCACCAGGCCGUACCGCUUGCAGCACAGCGCAUGGUCGACGGUGAGGGGCUGGUUGCAGUGGUCGCAGCGUGCAGCGAGGCCGGGGGGGUGACGGCCGUAACGCAUGUUGAGGGCAUCUCGAAACUCCGCAGCAUCAAGACCAGUGUUGUUGUCUGUCGACGGGAGGGUGGUCAGCCAGCCGGACGUCUUGUACUCGGCGCUGCGGGAGAGGACGCGAUGGCGCCGGCGGUCGAUGUGCGGCAGGGCGGCCUCCCUCUUGGUCUUGUGGGCGACGUCCUGCUGCUGCUUGCUCCGGGUGAGGGCGUGGCGGAUGGUGGCACGAUGGUCGCCAGGGUGGAACGGAGCCUUGCCUUGGACGGACUUGGAGACCACCUUGGUGCUCGCGCGGGAAGCGGGGUAGGCGGCUGCGGCACGGUCGAGAGGGUCACGUAUGCCGGUGCCGCCAUGCCGGGCAGGCAGCAGCAUCAGGUCGACCUCGGACGGCGUCACAGGGCCGCCGAGGAGGGCCGGUAGCAGCUCCUUGGCGAUGGCCUCGCGGAGGGGGCUGAGAGCGCACUCGUCGGUGAGCACGACACGAAACCCUAAAUCGCCGAUUGCAUGCAUGCACCGUGCGUCUUCCACGCCCCCAGC